CAUCUCAAUUAGUUGGAGAGGUUUCAGAAAUUUGUGUUUCCGGGUGAAAUCUCGGGGCCGAAGUUUCAUGCCGGGGCUAUGCAGAUAGGGGAAGCAAAGCCGGCUGAGGCUGAGUACUAGGCGACUGCAAGAACAGUGUAGGCUACGCAGGGAGCGGGAGAGAGGGAACCCGAGGGAUAGAAGAAGAAAAAAACGAACAGCACACGAGCUGUGCGUGGUUCACCUUCUGAAAAACAGGAAGCCAACGCUGAUCAGCCCACCUGGCCGCAUUGUCCUGCGUGGAGAAGACAGCGGGAUCUCACGGCUCUCCUUGCCACGCAUAGGCAUACUCUUAUUUUAAAGCCGAAAUAUCGUUAUUGUGGAUUCAAUCGAGAGAAAAACAACUUAACUAGGCCUAUUUCCUCUUUCGUACGGUCGAUAUUAUCCUAUUCCCAACAGGAGUGUAACUCAAGAUGCAGUGUCCCUCCACCUCCUCAGACACCCCCAGCAUGGAGGAGAGCCACAGGGAAUAAGAGCCUCCAGGAGACCGCAGGUCCUUAUGGUUGAGCUGGGUGUUGGUCCCUGCGAUGCCUCCCGCCAUGACAGACCUCCUGGACUUGUGGGCGGCCCACUCCCAGCUGUCUGGAGAGGACCUGGUCACUGUGGACUUCCUGUUACCCACCGGCAUCUACAUCCAGAUGGAUGUCCCCAGAGAGGCCACCAUACAACACAUCAAACUGCUCCUAUGGAAGCAGGCCCAGUCGUACCCCCUGUUCCCGUCUCUUGGGGAGAUGGAGGGCCACAUGUUUGAGUGUGUGAACCAGGCAGCGGUGCACGAGGAGCUGGAGGAUGAAACCAGGCGCCUCUGUGAUGUCAGGCCCUUCUGGCCCAUGCUCAAACUGGUCACACGCAACUGUGGGCGCGCUGAACGCCUGCUCGACUCCAAGAUUGGUGUGCUCAUUGGAAAAGGUCUCCACGAGCUGGACGCUCUGCUGGACCAGGAGGUGAAGGACUUCCGCAGUAAGAUGUUCCGUAUCAGCGAGGAGAAGAUGCAGCGGGUACAGCUGAUGACCUGGAGCGAGUGGCUGCAGGCCUGCUUCUCUCCACAGCUGGAGCCAGGCGGAGGAGCCACACCCGUCACAGACUGUGUCAACGACAAACAGGCCGAGGCCAGCCUCAAAGUCACCAUGCACUUCGACCAGUCCCAGGACACAGCCAGUCUGAAGGUGUGCCCCAGCACCAGUCCUAGUGAGCUGAUGGAACAGGCGUUGAGGAAAUGGCUGACGACCCACGGCCCCGAGGAGGAGGGACGCCAGGCGGAGCAGUACGUUCUGAGGGUCAGCGAUAAGCUGGAGUUCCUCUGUGGAGACCACCCCCUCAUACAGUACAAGUACAUCAAAGCCUGUCUCCAGGCUAAGGAGUGUCCCCACCUGACCCUGGUCCAAGUCAGCACGGUUCAGGCCAUGUUCGAGAAGGAGAUCUCUGCCAUCGGAGCUGUGGUCAACCGCAAGAGCUCCAACCCCCCCUUACCCCUGCCCCCCAAGAGGAGGGGACCCUUGCAAGUGCAUACUUGUGUAUGGGAGGUGUCCACCCAGUUUAAGAUCGUCCUAAUCAAAGGCAGCAAGGUGAACGCUGAGGAGACCGCCAAGGUCCAGGUGCGUGCAGGCUUGUUCCACGGCACAGAGCUGCUGUGCAAGCCGGCGGUGAGCAGCGAGAGCAGUGGACGCUCGGAACACGUGUGGAACCGCACGCUAGACUUCGACAUCGCCGUGAGCGACCUGCCGCGCAUGGCCCGCCUCUGCUUCGCCGUCUACGCCAUCAUGGACAAGGUCAAGAAGCAGAAGUCCACCAAGAAUGCCCACAUCAACAAGUACCAGACCAUCCGCAAGGCCGGCAAAGUGCACUACCCUAUAGCCUGGGUGAACACCAUGGUGUUUGACUAUAAAGGACAGCUGAAGACUGGAGAUAUCAUCCUUCACAGCUGGUCUUCCUUCCCUGAUGAACUUGAAGAGAUGCUGAACCCCAUAGGAACCAUCCAGACCAACCCGUACACUGAGAACGCUACAGCACUCCACAUCCACCUCCCUGACUACAACCCUCACCCCAUCGUAUUCCCCCCCUUCGACAAGAUUCUGGAGAAAGCAGCAGAGAUCGCCGGGUCAAGCGAUUGCUCGACCAUGGGCCGAGGCGGUAAGAAGUUCCACAUUGAGCUGAAGGAGAUCAUGGAGAGGGACCCUCUGUCCCAGCUGUGUGAGAACGAGAAGGACCUCAUCUGGACACUACGCUACGACUGCAUGGAGAACUUCCCCCAGUCACUGCCCAAACUGCUGCUCUCCGUCAAGUGGAGCAAACAUGAGGACAUGGCCCAGCUCCAGGCCUUGCUGCAGAUCUGGCCCAAGCUGAGUCCCAGGGACGCCUUGGAGCUGCUGGACUUUAACUACCCAGACCAGUACGUCAGAGAGUACGCUGUGGGCUGCCUGAAGGAUAUGAGUGAUGAGGAGUUGUCUCAGUACCUUCUCCAGCUGGUCCAGGUGUUACGUUAUGAACCCUACUAUGACUGUGCGCUCACCCGCUUCCUGCUGAACAGAGCCCAGUGCAACCGCAACAUAGGACACUUCCUCUUCUGGCAUCUCAGGUCAGAGAUGCACAUGCCAGCCGUCUCCGUCCAGUUCUCUCUCAUCCUGGAGGCCUACUGUCGCGGCAGCAUCCCUCACAUUGAGGUCCUGAAGAAACAGGUGGAGGCUCUGAGCAAGCUGAAGUCUGUGAACGAGCUGAUCAAGCUGGGCACCAUCAAGAACGCCCGCAGUAAGACCAAGGAGGCCAUGCUCACCAAGGAGGCCAUGAUGACCUGUCUGAGACAGAGUGGCUACACAGAGACCCUCUCUGACCUGCACUCCCCUCUCAACCCCAGCGUCCUGCUCUCUGGAAUCAAUGUGGAGAAGUGUCGGUACAUGGACUCUAAGAUGAAGCCUCUGUGGAUCGUCUACAACAACAAGCUGCUGGGGGGAGACACCCUGGGAAUCAUCUUCAAGAAUGGAGACGACCUGAGACAAGACAUGUUGACACUGCAGAUCUUGAGGUUGAUGGACCUGCUAUGGAAGGAGGCCAAUCUGGACCUUAGAAUCGUACCUUACGGUUGCCUAGCAACUGGAGACCGAUCAGGGCUGAUCGAGGUGGUGUCGUCGGCGGAUACCAUCGCCAACAUCCAGCUGACCAGCAGCAACGUGGCGGCCGCCGCAGCCUUCAACAAGGAUGCGCUACUCAACUGGCUCAAAGAGAAGAACUCUGGAGAUGCUCUGGAGAAGGCAAUCGAGGAGUUCACCCUGUCAUGUGCAGGCUAUUGCGUGGCCACCUAUGUCCUGGGUAUAGGUGACCGCCAUAGUGACAACAUCAUGGUCCGCAGCACUGGACAGCUCUUCCACAUAGACUUUGGGCAUAUCCUGGGGAACUUCAAGUCCAAGUUUGGCAUCAAGAGGGAACGUGUCCCCUUCAUCCUGACCCAUGACUUCAUCCACGUCAUCCAACAGGGAAAGACUGGCAACACUGAGAAGUUUGGCAGUUUCCGUAAUUAUUGUGAACAGGCCUACCUGAUUCUGAGGCGGAAUGGGAACCUCUUCAUCACCCUGUUUGCUCUCAUGUUGACUGCUGGACUGCCCGAGCUCACCUCCGUCAAGGAUAUACAGUACCUAAAGGACUCUCUGGCCCUGGGGAAGACUGACGACGAGGCACUGAAACAGUUCCGCCAGAAGUUUGACGAGGCGCUGAGAGAGAGCUGGACCACCAAAGUCAACUGGAUGGCCCACAACGUGGUCAAAGACAACCGCUCCUAGAACAGACAGACGCACAACCUGGAGCUGGAGGGUUAAAGGUCAGAGGUCAGGAGGGUCUGAGGUCUAUCCAGGGCUGGGACAACCGUGAUGGAGGGGGCUAAGGUGACGCUAAGGGGUGAAGACCAGACCAGACAGGACUGGGCCUGGGGACGCAAAGAAGGGAAUCUAGAAGACUAUCUUAAACACACACACACAGCAAACACACAUGCUCUUACAGGCUUAAAAUACCCCUUUCCUCUGGCUUUUGAAGCUGCUGUGUGCCUCCAGCCAGUCCAGCAGUCCCAUUGCCUCUCCCUGAUCAUGUGACAUAUUUGUGGGUAAUGUGGUUGCGAGUUUUGCACUGCUAAGUAAGAGUCAGAGCCCCCCCGUUGUGAAUGGACUGCCCCCUUGUAGCCUGGACUAGACUGAACCAAUGAGGAAGGGGAUGGGGGUGGUUUCACCCACCUAUCAGCAAGACUUCUGAUCUGCCUUGUGUCAGGGUUGACCACACCCACUCCAGGCCCCUCACCAGACGGUUUGAUUGACAGCACACGUAAAGAGUGGGUGUGUAAAGACUGAGGACCAAAGCAUCUCACCCAGUGUCUUAAAACGACGGCAAAACGUGCAAAUGGCCAGAGGAAGUGCGUCUUAUUGGACUUGUCCUCGCGAGGCCUCCAGUUCAUCUCGAAAGUGUGCCUAAAAACUGCGAGAAGAUUGUAUUUGUUUAGUUUUUUAAAUUUUAUUGCCAUUUAAGAUGUUAUUCUAUCGGAGAUGUAUAUGUGCCAGACUACUUUACUACUGCAGAGAGAGCGAUGAAGAGAGGUUUUGAGAAACUGAAUCGCUGCAUAUCCAAAUUCUCUUCCCGAUAGCUAAACAAAACUUUAUGCGCAUGUGCAGGUUUUUCAACUUUACGCACUCCGCUGCCGCUGUCCCCUCCUAGUAUCUAGCUAGCUAUUUCCCUCGCCGUAACGUUAGCAGAACUUUGGAAAAGCUGUGCUCAGCAAGCUGGGGCAAAGGAAACUGUGUCCUGGUGUUGUGAAACACAGAUUUCCCGUGCAUGCGCUCCACACUGUAUAAACUAUCCCGGUGACAUCCAGAUGGUUACCAAUAUUAUAAUAUUUCUCAUGAAGGCUGCUAUCCUACUUGGAAUAAAAAAAACUGUAGGAAAACAUUUGACGAGUUAACAUUCGCCGGUUGAUUUGGUGGUUUAGCUCUAGGGAAGAGGCGUCCAGGUGGGCGGGGCGGUUCGAUUCGGUCGCGCAGCUUCAGCCUUUGAGAAAUAGGGUGAAUUAGACCAUCAAAUACUGGAACCGUUUGAAAUACGAGGAAGAGAGCGCUUAAAAUGUUUCUAAAACUUCAUUUUGUAUUCCUGCUUUGGAAUGUGGAUUUAGCAUUCCUGUGUUCCAUUUUAUCAAAUCAUGGUCGUUGUUGGACAAACAGAACAGGCACAAAGGGUGCGUCAUCACCACACUACCCCAUAGAGGUAUUAUCACUACCCCAUAGAGGUAUUAUCACUACCCCAUAGAGAUUCUGUCUUAGACGUAGACUUGCCUAUGGUUGUCAGACCUAGUCUUUCAAAGCACCAAACUGCUCACAUGACAAUAACCACAAUGAAUAAACUCAAUAAGAAAAACAAAGCAUGUAACUAAAAUGCCUUUUAGGACCAAAACUAAGAGAGAACCUUCAGUCGAUUUUAGGUUUGUUUUUACUGUUUAAAUAAUCUGUUCAGAAAUUGAAUGUUUGUGUGCAAAUGUGUCUUUUUUUAUUUAAUUUAUUUUAUGUUUAGAUCAGCCAAAAUGAGCGGGUGUUUAGGACCUGUGGGAGGGGUUUGCCAGCAGAGGGUUUAACACUGCGAUUCAAAGCUACUUCCUGGUUUUGUAAUGAGGUUCUCUGUGUUUUAUUUUGUGCAAUAUCCGUAUAGGAGUCUACAUGUAUAUUAUGUAAAUGAACCCUUGGGCCGUAAUGCCUGAGCCUAUAAUGGUUGUCACUGUGGGUUAAUGUGUAAUGCUGCUGUAUUUCUCACCGCUAGCCUUCUUAAGUCUCUCAGACACUGAAUAUUGUCAAAUGUACAGGCUUUUAUUGUUUUGCUGUUUUUUGUUUUCAAAUGAGUUUUAUUAAAGUUAUUUUCCAUCUAACUGCA